GUCGAUUGCCACAGAUGCUCAGUGACAUUCAUACCGCUAGGACGUUGAUGUGCUCUUUGCGAAUGAAUUGAACCGUAUCAUUUUAAACUGUGCUAAUAUCUGUGUUUGUUUGUUAUUGUAUAGUUAACAUUUACAUUAAUUGUGCCUGUGUUAUGUGCGUGGGUUAUUCGAACCAUAUCCGUACGGUUUUAAGUUAUUCGUCAUUCCAGUAACACAACGUAGAUCAACAAUAUCCAGUCUAGUCGAAAAUCACGAAGCCGGCGAGGGGAACUCUAUGAAAACGCAUGUUUGUAAGAUGUGACUAAACUCACCAUGGCAGCCACAGAUGGCCAAGUUGUGGUCGCAGCAUCCCGUUGGUCAGAUGAAGGCCACUACCUCAAAGAGUUUGUUGUUAAGAACCGUUUACCCAAUGUCGCAAAAAUCAUAAAAGGGCAAUAUGGAGGCCUCGGAGUACCAACGCUCCCUAGUCCUGGAUUACAGAGCACCGCAUUACUUGUAUCCGCUGGAAAAAAGAAGAAAAUAAUCGCACAGGCUAUAAAAUUAAAAGAAGGGAGACGAAUGGUUAGUGUUGGACCCAGAAUAACAAUCCCUGAAACUUACAAAGGCUAUUUCGAACUUCUUAGUGAAGAGGGAAGAGCAGUGCGAUGUAUGGAAUCAGUAUCGGAAAUAGCGAGGAGAAAACUCGAAGAUGGAUGCUUAGUAAGAGAGCCGAUAAGAAUAAUAUGCGCUAAAACUGAUUUAAAUGGUGACAUAACUGCCGACGGAUCACGGACUUUGCCUGCUGGUGAAGUAAUAAUGCCUAGAGGAGAGGUAUUUUUAGGUAAAAAUAAAUAUUUGAAAUGCACCGAUUCUAAAGGUGAUACCAUUCUCUUGGGCUUAGAUCAAAGAGGCAAGUUUUCUGCUGUAGCCAAAGAGGAGAAUAUCAGCGGAGUGCAUACAGCGAAGACGUUACUAACUAAACGAUUGCCUAUUACUGUUAGACUCGUGCAUGGUACUCCACCAAGAGGACUAAAAAGUGCUAGUUAUUUCGUACCAGAAUUGAGAUUAUUAUCUUUAUAUGAAGAAGAUCAUGUAUUCGCACUGCCCUUACAAAAAGAAGGGAAUGCUUUGAUAGCUCUACCACUAGCUGCACCCCUUAAAAUGUUAAAAUGUAAGAACGAAGAGCACAUAAAAAAUUUUAUGGAAUUCUCACGAUUAGUUGAAAAAUGCAAUAGAUUAUUAGUGGACGUAGUAGAUCGAAUACAUGUUUUAGAUGGAAAGCUUGGUGAUCCGAAAAGAUUACUAAGCACACCCCUCAAUGCUCCACCUUUAAUAAAAACGGGUUACUUCCUAAGAAGGAGUGCAUCAUCAGACACAGCAAACCAGCACAAAUACAUAAACCGACACAGUCAUAUUUACAGUAGCCACAGAGAUGAAAAUAGUAUUCCCGAUGAGUAUGAUGAAAUAGAUCAAAUAUAUGAUUAUGUAAGAGGCUUUGCACCAUUACCCAAAAAUAUUAAAGCAUCAUAUUGUAACGAGCCCACAAGACAUGAGUCUGCACCAGCUUCCCCAGCUGCGACUCCCAUCCAUAUGCCCUUGAUUACAGAAAUAAAACCCGAACCCCCACCCAUAGAGACCAUACCCACAAAGAAAACGUUCAACCAAAAGGCAGAGAAAAGAACACGCAAAAGUACCACAACAACAAAAGAAACGCCGAUUAUUGUAUACAAAGAGAAGUGUUCUAUAGCAGCACCGGUGCCUAAUUUACCUAAGUUGUAUAUAAAAAACAAUUUGAAUACUAACAAAAGUCGGAUGUUGUUGACUCAAAAGAGUCACUCCCCGACUAAAGAGGUACCUAGUCCAGGAACUAGUCCGAUAAGACCUCUAACAAAAGGGGAUUCCCCGAUCUUCAACAUACGAUAUAAAAGUCUUUCCAAUAUUCAUCAAGCCAUGGAAUUAGAUGGUACUUUAGAUUCGAGUCAUUCUGGUGGCAGAACAUCUGGGGAUUCAGGAAAUGGUCCCAAACUCCCUGAAAAAAGAUCUAGGCGAUUGAGUAGACCGAAGUCUCUGACGAAUUUAGUUUGGGAGCUAAAAGGAUGUCCAGUGGAGACCGCUGAAAAACCAAAAGCAAGGACAAAAAAUGACGCAUACAAGAAAAUUGGGAAUAAAUUAUCUUUGGGGGCGCAAAAACGAGUGCCAACGUUGUAUCUUUAAUAUUUGGUCCACGUUGUCGAUAAAGAGACAAUCAUGAGAGCUAAUUUGGAAGAUCAAAGAAAUUAAACGAGACGAAUUUAUAAGAGUUUAGUUUUAAGACAUUCGAUUUUACUCUCAUAUCAAAUGUAUUUUGAUCUCCUUAAUUAAUUAUAUUUAUAAUAAUGCCAUAUUACGGUAAAAUUAGUUUUGAAGUUAUUCCGAUAAGGUGAACGAGAUGUGUACGGUGAUUUUACUUCUAUCAGGAUUCUUAGAAGAUUAAUCAACGUUGUAUAGAAGAAACUAACACAACAGGAGAAUUAAGAGAAGAUUUACUAUAUGAAUGAUGGGAAUAAAUUCCUCCAAACAAAAUCUUGUUCCCAACCCCGAGUGUUGUCAUUCCAUAUAUGAUGAAUCGAUAAAAUAAAAAAUAGCGAUGUCAUUACAACUAUCGAUUUAUUGCACUUAUUUGGAUUACUGAUAAUGAAAUUAUAAAAAAGGCCCUUGAUAAUAACGGGCUAAUAACAUUUCUGAAAUUACAUCUCAGCUAACAUGCAAUACUGGCGUGCAUGUUCGACUUUCUUGCAUGUAGAUAGGGUUGCAUGCAUGGCCAGCAUAAGGCGUUUUAUUAUUAAGUUUUUCUCGUCAAAUUAUUAACCGUUUAUUAUUUUCUAUUUGUAUAUACAUAUAUAUAAAUAGAAAAUCUGUUAGAAUAAAAACCAAAAACUUGAGGUGCCUUAUUACGUAAUAGAAAUGCUCUGUAAUCCUUGAAAAAUUGUAUUCAUAAUUUUAAGGGACGAGUCACAAUUUUUUUGUAUUUUUUUUUUUAGAAUAAUCGUUUUUAUUAAUAUGCAUUUAUAUUGUUAUUGAGUCAGUGUCUUAUGCUCUUGAAAACGGAUGAUGAAUGUAAUCAAUUUAACAAAUUUGUUUCUAAUCUGGCUCGUUUAUUUUCUAAGACGUCACUGUAAUGCUUAGAUAAAUGAUAAAUUACUUGGAGGUUUAAAAAAAUAUAUUUUUUUUGGAUCUUUAAUUGAUUUAUCGUUUUUUUUUUUUAUAAAUCCCAGUUAUGAAUUAAUAGUACUGUUCCGAAUUCAAGUGGAAAUUUAGUCGUAGUGUUUGAAAAUAACUCUACGUAUUUUAUUUUUUAUUCCAAAUAUCCUAGAUAUAGUAAGGUUAUUAUUCGAUUUUUCUUGAAAAUUUUGUAGAAUAUUUUUUUGUCAUUAUUAUAAGUUUUUGAGUCUUGAUACUGUAAUUCUUACGAAAUAUACGAAGUGAUUUGA